AUGAGCGCCUCUUCUCACCUCAUAAUCCCUGGAAGGCUGAGUUUCAAAUUAAAACAAUCACUUCUUGCAAGCAGAUGGUUCAGCGGUGGGACGAGUGCAAACAAGCCCAUCGAGAAAAUACGAAACAUUGGAAUCUCGGCGCAUAUCGACUCGGGGAAAACCACCGUCACUGAAAGGAUUUUAUACUAUGCGGGGAAAAUUGAUUCGAUGCACGAGGUAAAAGGGAAAGAUGACGUGGGAGCCACGAUGGAUUUUAUGGAAUUGGAGCGACAACGAGGCAUCACUAUUCAAUCAGCCGCCACAUACAUUGACUGGCAUGGAACAAAUAUAAAUAUCAUCGAUACGCCAGGUCACGUUGACUUUACGGUCGAAGUGGAGCGCGCACUUCGAGUGCUUGAUGGAGCCGUUUUGGUGUUGUGUGGUGUAGGAGGCGUGCAAAGUCAAACUUUUACCGUCAACCGUCAAUUAUCUCGCUAUAAAGUUCCCUUCAUUUGUUUUGUCAAUAAAAUGGAUCGCACUGGGGCUACUCCUUUUCGUGCCGUCGAAGGCCUACGAGGCAAAUUAGGGCACAACGCGUCGCUAAUUCACUUGCCAAUUGGAAAGGAUUCCGAUUUUCGCGGGAUCGUAGAUUUGAUAAACGAGUGUGCUAUUUAUUAUGAAGGAGAAGAACAUAUUGCAAACGGCGAUGAAGAAUUAGGAGAGCUCUUUUUGAAUGAUGUCAAACCAAAUGUUGAUCAAAUUCACUCAGCUAUUCGACGAUCUGUGGUAAAGCGUAGUUUCUUGCCAGUCUUAUGUGGUUCUGCUUUAAAAAAUAAGGGCGUUCAAACAAUGAUUGAUUCCGUUGUGCGUUAUCUACCGAAUCCAGGCGAAGUAACAAACCUUGCCAGUAUCAAAGAUGGUGAUAAGGAGAAGUCAAUUAUACUGAAUCCUGCUCGAAAUAAUUCAAAUCCGUUUGUCGGGCUUGCUUUUAAAUUGGAGGCAGGAAAGUAUGGCCAACUAACAUAUUUCCGAAUAUAUCAAGGACAGCUUUCGCGUGGUGAUACGGUUUACGCGAGUAAAGACGGCAGAAAGGUUCGCGUACAAAAAUUAGUUCGGAUGCAUGCUGCGGAUAUGGAAGAAGUGGAAACCGCUUAUGCCGGAGACAUUUGCGCCACAUUUGGAUUAGAUUGUCAUUCCGGAGAAACGUUUACAAGCAUGCCAGAGAACCCGCCACAUUGUGAAUCUAUGCAUAUUCCGGAGCCAGUUAUUUCAAUGUCAAUAAAACCAGUGAAUCGUAAGGACGGAGAAAAUUUUAUUAAGGCGUUGACUCGUUUCACCAAGGAGGAUCCGACAUUCAAAAGGGAAUAUAACGCAGAGGCAAAAGAAACCGUUGUGAGUGGAAUGGGUGAAUUGCACUUGGAAAUUUAUGCUCAACGAAUGAAAAGCGAGUUCAAUUGUCCGGUUGAAUUGGGCAAACCAACUGUGGCCUAUCGAGAAUCUAUUGCGGAUCCAUACAAGUUUCACUAUCGGCACAAAAAGCAAACUGGAGGACAGGGUCAAUUUGGACAAAUCGAAGGAGUUCUCGAUCCAUUACCCCCAGAUCAGAAUACCAUCGUUAAAUUUACCGACGAGUGUUUUGGAAACAGCAUCCCAAAAAUUUCAAAAGAUUGCUGGUAUAAAUGUGCGGAUACAAGAUGGAGAGACACAUGCGGUCGAUUCUACGGGAAAUCGCGA